AAGUUCCUGCAGCACCAGCGCAGCCUGCGCCCGGGGGCGGCCCCCCGCGACAUGAUGGACGCCUUCAUCCGCCUGCAACGCGAGCAGCCGCGGCUGCAGCUCGAGCACGUGCCCGCCACCGUCACCGACAUCUUCGGCGCCAGCCAGGACACGCUCUCCACGGCGCUGCUCUGGCUCCUCAUCUUCCUCAUCAGGUAUCCAAAAGUGCAGGCUAAAAUGCAAGAAGAAGUGGACAGGAUUGUUGGGAGAGACCGCCUGCCCUGUGCUGAAGAUCAGCCUCACUUGCCCUACAUUGUGGCUUUCCUGUACGAAUCCAUGCGUUUCAGCAGCUUCGUGCCUGUUACCAUCCCUCACGCCACCACGACCAACACCUUCAUCAUGGGCUACCUCAUUCCCAAGGACACCGUCAUAUUUGUCAAUCAGUGGUCAGUGAAUCACGAUCCAGCUAAGUGGUCCAACCCGGAGGAUUUCGAUCCAACGAGAUUCCUGGAUGAGAACGGCUUCAUCAAUAAAGAUCUCACCAGUAGUGUGAUGAUUUUCUCAAUGGGGAAACGGCGGUGUAUUGGAGAGGAAUUAUCCAAGGUGCAGCUGUUUCUCUUUACUUCCAUUCUUGUGCAUCAGUGCCAUUUCACUGCUAAUCCAAAUGAGGAUCCUAAAAUGGACUACACUUAUGGGUUGACCAUCAAACCCAAGCCGUUCACCUUGAAUGUCACACUUAGAGAUACUAUGGAUUUGCUUGAUAAGGCUGUCCAAAGACUGCAAGCAGAGAAGACAGCCAACGAAAAUCAGCCGUCGGCAAACACCUAAGCGCUGAGCUGAGCCUUGAAAGAUGCUCCUCUCUUUUUAGAAUUACAUAAGUUAUAGUUUGCUUUGUUUUGCUGAUCUUUUUGGAAAACAGCCAACAUUGAAGGUACGAGAGCAGGAAGGAAAACUUCACAAGUCAUAAUUCAGUCCUCUUUAAUUCUAGAGGGAGAGCCAGGGGGAUGAUUUAAUGUACUAAAUUAUAAAACAUAUGCAGUUUGAAAGUAAGCCUUUCAUUUUCUUGCAUGUUCACAAAGUUGCCAUUGUAAAGCACACUUUAUCUACUGACUGGUUGGAGCAUCUCUGAAAACUGCGGGUGCAAUCCUUGCCAUGUCUCCAUGCACUCUGCCUUUGCCUUCAGUGACUCCACAUCCCAAAGUAAAAUUCCUUAUAAAAACAAAGCAGAACACAAAAACAAGACAAUGCUUUGAACGCUGCAGCCUCUCUCUGAAUUCAUUCUACUGGAACCUGCUGUAAGCAUACGGCAAGUCCUGCGUUGUGACUGCUGGGAUGUGUAUGAAUGCCUUGAUAAUAAAUGUUUAAAUGACUUUUGGUAAAAUGCCAAUGUAAAAUCUUGCCUUUAGCUGUCCAAAGUGUUUACAUAAAUGGCUACAAAAUUACUCGCCAAUGAGCACAACAUUUUAAAAUACCGUUCGUAUUUUAUGUGAGAACGAACAGAAUGUCCUAAUACAGCAACUUGUCAUUGAAGCUUGAAAAGAAAGAUCAGAUUUUAUACGUCAUCAAGUGGUAAGCGUGAUAUAAUCCAUGUGCUAACAUAUUCAUUAGUACGAAUAACAUAGAUAUUUGAAUUAGAAAGCUGUUGUAAAGGAAAAGCUGAACUUUGUGUCUUUCUAGCAAAGAGUAAGCGACCUGUUCUUCUAGGUAAGUCUGUUAUAGAUUCACGUGUGCCAAGGUAUGUAGAAAUAAGAAUUUGAGGUUCUGUAUUGAAACCCUCAUGUCACAAGCCUCAAGUAAUGCACACAGCACAUACAGCGUGGCCCACUGGUCAGUCUGUUAGCUCAAGUUUAAUGCUACUAUCCUAAAUUAACUGUAUACUUUUAGCAUGAUUUGCUUGAAACAAAGCCUUAGAAGGAGAGCUAACAUAUUGUGUCCCGAAUAACUGAGCAAACUAAAUUGAGCAAAAAAACAAAAAAAAACAAACAACUUCCAACUUUUUUUUUGAGGCAAAAGACUUCAAGUUUAAAAAAAAAAAAUCACUAUUUUGAAGUAAAACAUAUACUUGAAACUUUGGAGCCUUAAACUUCUGGCUAAUGUUUGUGCACACAAAGCAGCAUGUAUUUCUCUAAAGAAGGAACUGUCGCAUCUAAAUGCCUGAUUUUGAGAAGUGUUGGAUGCUUCCUAGGAUAUACAGAUCGCCUUUAGUUACAUACAAGAUCUAUAAGAAAUGAGAGCAUCUCAGAAGGCUUACUGUGAUCGAGUCUAGGACAAAAUAAGGUAUUAGUAGACCUAGAAAAAUAAGGGCUAAAAUAUAAAGUAGCUGUGCUGAGACCCUAGCAAGUACAGAUGUGCAUCUCUUAGAUGGCCAGUCUUCAUCCUGUUGGCAGCAGUGACAGUACUCACGCUGACCAUCAUCAACCUGAACCAAGUCUAAAAGUACUGUUCCAUACCCCCAUGUAGUACUGCUACACCUGUUGAACAUCUCUGAUUUUAAAUGGCAUUGAUCUUCUUUUUUCAAAGCUAAAAAAAACCUCUCUUUUCCAUGCAAAAGGAGUAACCUCAGGUGUUUUUCUGAUAUCCCAGAACUUAGCCUAUACCUGUGAAAAGCUUUAUAUGAUAUUUAGCAUUUUCAUAUGGAUAUCUACAUUAGAUCAAUUUGUAGCAAGACAGUUUUCUUAGUACCUUUGUGAGUAUCAUUAUUAAAAAAAACAACCCUACAACUGAAUUGUUAGUCUAACUCAAAGAUCACUAAUUAUUAUUUUAAUUAAAAAAGCUUUUGCAGUUUUGUACUCUUCCAAAAGCUUUAACUACACAUUGGCUACUAAUGCAGCUUCCACUCACACUGCUCACAUCUGUUGGGGUCACACAUUAUAUAGCUGUUGGUCAAUUAGUGCCUCAUUUAACCUGCAAAGUUACUCCAAUUUAGUAGCACUCAGUUAGAAUGUAUUGCAGUUUGUUCAGUGAGCUAACUUAUGGUCAUUCUGAGAUGAAUCAUUGUGUUACCAAAACAUUAAAUAAAAUUAUUCUUGUACUGGC